AGCUGUUUCCGCAAAGCGCCCCACGCCAGUGUUUGUGUAUGCCGCGUUGGUGAAGCUCCAUCGAGUCCGUCGACGAUUUGUGUCUUUUGAGAAGAUCAGGCUCGGUUUCUUUGUUUUAUAUUCCCCUUUCUGUUCUCUUUACGGAGUAUGUUUUUUAGGUGUUCGUUUUCUGAACGUUUUUCUAUGGAAGACCGAGGCAACGAGAUUAUAGUUGAAAGUCUUUUCAACCAGAGGGACGCCUUUAGAGAAUCCUGACUUUAUUUGGCAUCAUCGCCCGGGGUUUACUGAGUGAAGAUUUGGGUAGAGUUCACCUAUCUUGUUUUCACUUCGUUGGGCUUUAAGACAUCCUUUACACCUUUCCAUCUGUACAUUCCUGCACCUUUUGGCAAGUGGAAAAAUGGUUGGAUUUGGACCUGCUGACGUGCCCCCGACGGCUGCGGUGAAGUUUAUCGGUGCUGGCACCGCGGCCUGCAUCGCUGAUCUCUUCACCUUUCCUCUAGACACCGCUAAAGUUCGACUCCAGAUCCAAGGGGAGUCCAGUGGCACUGCGAAAGCGAGCCAUGGACAGGCGGCGAAGUAUCGCGGCGUGUUUGGCACCAUCACUACCAUGGUGCGCACGGAGGGGCCGAGGAGUCUCUACAACGGGUUGGUGGCUGGACUGCAGCGUCAGAUGAGCUUUGCUUCGGUCCGCAUCGGCCUGUACGACUCUGUCAAGCAGUUCUACACCAAAGGCUCAGAACAUGUUGGAAUUGGCAGUCGCCUGCUGGCAGGCUGUACCACCGGAGCAAUGGCAGUUGCUGUGGCCCAACCCACUGAUGUGGUGAAGGUUCGCUUCCAGGCACAGGUUAGCGGUUGUACAACUAACAAACGUUACCAAGGAACCAUGGAUGCCUAUCGGACCAUUGCCAGAGAAGAGGGGUUUCGUGGCCUAUGGAAAGGAACUGGACCAAACAUCGCUCGCAAUGCUAUCGUCAACUGUACCGAACUGGUGACCUAUGACCUCAUUAAGGAUGCGCUUAUUCGCUCUACACCCAUGACUGAUGACCUUCCAUGCCAUUUCACAUCUGCAUUUGGUGCUGGUUUCUGCACCACGGUCAUCGCUUCUCCAGUGGAUGUCGUGAAAACAAGAUAUAUGAACUCUGCCCAAGGCCAGUACAGCGGUGCCCUGAACUGUGCUGUGGCCAUGCUGACCAAAGAGGGGCCUAUGGCCUUCUACAAAGGAUUCAUGCCUUCUUUCCUGAGAUUGGGCUCUUGGAACGUGGUGAUGUUCGUCACGUACGAGCAGCUGAAGCGCGCUAUGAUGGCAGCUCGCCAUAACUGGGCUACUCCUCUUUAGUCUUGGCUAUUUUCAUUAAGGGUGCUGUUCUAUUUGCAUUUUGCCCUUUUAGUUUAAGUUAACAUUUGCCUUUCCUCAUCCCUAUAACCCCUACCCUUAUCCACUUUCAUUCUAGUUUAUCCCGGGGACUGGAAAGCUGGUCUUCCUUUUAUUUAAGCCUUUUUUUAUGCCUUUUAAAAUUAUGCCAAUAAAGCUUUUGAAGAAAAAAACGAA